GUUUGGCUUUUCAUGCAGCCCCCGAUAAAAAUCUGGCUAAGCGCAGCGGACGAACAACAUUAUUAUUAGCAUGAAACGCUAGACUUUCGCAACACAGUUGUAUUGGACUAUCGUACGAGAACGUAAACAAACAUGAGUCAAGCGCCUUUAGAGCAACGAGAAAUAUCUGCCCCAAGGGUCGGACGUUUCAAAGUUUAUAUUCAGGGGGACCUGAAGCACAGUCAGUUUAUCAUUUUAACUGUUCAUGACUUAGGAUGCAAUCAUUCCAUGUGGACCAACUUCUUGGCCUCACCCUCCAUGGAGGAGAUCAACAGGCGGGGCGCCUUCAUACAUGUGGAUAUCCCUGGCCAGGAGGAUGAGGCACCUGACCUACCUGCUGAAUACCCGCCCAAGCACAAGUCAGGUUUAAACAUGUGCUACACCUUCCCCAGCAUGCAGAGUCUCGGAGAGGAUCUGGUGUGUGUCCUUGAUCAGCUUGAUGUCAAGCAAGUCAUCUGUGUGGGUGAAGGAGCCGGUGCUAACAUUGCUGCUAGAUUUGCUAUGGCGCAACCUGAAAGAGUUUUGGGCUGUGUCCUCAUUCAUUGCACUGGUACCACAGCAGGUGUCAUGGAGUCUCUUAAAGACAAGGUGAUGAACUGGAAGCUGGAACAGAUAGGCAUGAACCCCUCCACUGAGGCCUACCUGUGUCUGCACCGUUUUGGCUCGGUGACACCUGAGUUUGAGAAGGCUGAGAACAAGGAACAGCUGCAGAAAGUCAUCGAAUCUUUCCAGGAAUCUCUGAGGUCAAAGAUCAACCCAAGAAACCUCAAGAGAUUUGUCCAGGCUUUCAUGAGGAGGUCAAAUAUUGCUGAUCAAGUUGGUAAAAUCAAGUGCCGCGUCAUGAUGGUGACAGGCAGCAAGGCAUCCUUCAACCACACAGUCCACAACCUGUUCUCCCGCAUGAGGGAGAGGCUGGACAAGAAAGAAUGUGACAUCCUCGAGGUUGAUGGGGUGGCCAAUGUCUUGGAAGAGAAGCCUGAAAGGUUUGCAGAAAGUUUGCUUUAUUUCCUGCAAGGCAUGGGCUUAGUUGGCGGUGUCCCUAUGCCGCGUGUCCAGCGCUCCGCAUCCAUCGACAGCACGGGCACGCCCCCCAGCCGCACGCGGUCCAUGUCCAUGGAGGAGGCGGACAUGCCCCGGGGCAUCUACUCCAUGAGCCCACCCAAGUACGGCUCAUCCCCAACCCGAGGCAGCUCCGGCGACGUCCUGUCCACUAGCCCUACAAGCUAAGCUGUUACAUUUUGUUGACCACUGAUUGACUGUUCAUUGAUUAUUGUAGUGUUUACCUAAAUAAUCAGCUGUAACUACAAUAGUUUUUUUUUUUUUUUUAAUUUGUCACAUGUUGAAAACAUGGCUGAUGUUUUAGUUGAAAGUUGGUGUCGACAUUUCUGUUAGUAUCUGUAACCCUAGACUUGGAGGUCUUAGAAGUGUAGUGGAAACUCCAUUUUUAAGGACAAUCUCUCCAUUCGUGAAUCAGGCAUGUCUCCUCAUACCUAUACGCUGCAUAAUAUAAUGUUUCCAUCCGACAAAGUUUAGAUUAUCUUUAUACAUGGCUCAUAUGAAAAUGAAAAAAAAAUAUAUCUAAUAAACCCAUUUUUUGUAACUAUUUGUUUUUAUUGUUUAUAACUUUUUAUAACAUUGAGAUAAUUAUGUUUGAAUUAUUAAAUUGUUUUGGUUUUAAAAAAUUUUUGCAGCAUGAGUUAUGUUUUCCAAAGAUAUUUUUCACUGAUUUUUCCUUUAGUUAAAACAGUUUUAUGUACGGCAGUGUAAGAUGCUGCUUGCAUUGCUUCCCCUUUUUUAAUUCAAUUGUCUAUUCACUCAACUAAGUUUAACAACCUUUUUUCUACUAUUUAAAAUGUAUUUUUCCCCUUAGUAUAAUUUUUUGAAGCCUAUCCUUAAAAUUAUGUGAAUCGAUCAGUAUUCAAAAUUUUGAUUAAAUUCUCAAGUAUUUUUUACUUAGUCAUUUCCGUAGCAUUUACUUUUUCUCUCACCUCGACAAAAAGUAUUAAACAAUUUUAUGUUACCUAUUACUUACCUGAACUCUUAUAUUUUUAAUAAGGUUUGUUCAAAUUAUUUUUGAAUUGCAUUUAAUUUAGUAUUAUUUAGCAUCGGUAAAAGAUGCAUCCUAGCUCAAGUUUUGUGAGAACUAAUUCAAACAAGCAAUAUAGAAUAACUAUUUGUAUUGUGAUUAUUUUUAGCCUUCCUAUUCUCCUUACAAUCUACAAUUCAAGUUCUAGAAUUUAAAAAAAAAUCAGGGUCAUAUUCUGUGAUUUCCUUUUGAAGGAUGUUUAAUUUUUUUUACACAAUCAGGAAAUUUGAAAGUUUUAUUUAUUAUUUCUGGUACCAGCCCAGCACUAGAAACUUUGGAUGUUUUCUUGUCCAAUCUUUAGGGUGAACUGUAAACCACAGUAACAAAGACAGUGGAGUUUCUGUGACAUUCUCUUGUAUGGAAUAGGAAUCACUCAUUUUGCUUUUCUAACCGAUGUUGUUUUUAGGAAGGCUCAUUUAUUACACUUGUAAUUAGAGAAUCUGUAUCAGUUGAUGUUUUUUUUUUAUCGUGAUUGAUGAAGGAGUUUCUAUUUAGUUACAGUUUGUUUACAUUUAAAAGAACAAUUUUUUUAUAGAAUUUAUCAAAAAAAAAAAUUGUAUUUUUUUUCUGGGUUUGUAAUUAUUUUUCAAUUAUUUUGUUUAACGACAACUUUCAUAUUUUUUACAAUAUAAAUUCACGUAAACUGUUAUUGUUAUGUUUCACUUUAAAGAUCUAGUUUUUAUAAGAUUCUACUCCUUGAAUUGAUUAGAAAAUACUGAAUAUUAUAUUUAACUAUGCACAUUGUUUCAUCAUUAGCUAUGUUGUAGAACGACUCAUUUUGUUUUUUUUUAUUCUUUGGUGACAAAAGAUUGUACAGGCUGGUGGGAUCACCUCAUCUUCCUAGAUUGUGGUGACCCAAUGUUGUGGUGAGUCAUAUGGUGACACAAUGUUGUGGUGAGUCAUGUGAUGACACAAUGUUGUGGUGAGUCAUGUGGUGACACAAUGUUGUGGUGAGUCAUGUGGUGACACAAUCUUGUGGUGAGUCAUGUGGUGACACAAUGUUGUGGUGAGUCAUGUGGUGACACAAUGUUGUGGUGAGUCAUGUGGUGACACAAUCUUGUGGUGAGUCAUGUGGUGUACAAUCUUGUGGUGACACAUUCUUGUGGUCAUUCAUAUGGUGACACAAUCUUGUGGUGAGUAUGUGGUGACACAAUGUUGUGGUGAGUCAUGUGGUGACACAAUGUUGUGGUGAGUCAUGUGGUGACAAAAUCUUGUGGUCAUUCAUAUGGUGACACAAUCUUGUGGUGAGUCAUAGGGUGACACAAUCUUGUGGUGAGUCAUAGGGUGACACAAUCUUGUGGUGAGUCAUGUGGUCAACUUCUAGAAUGGUGACCCAAUCAUGUUGGCACCUACUCAUAUGGUGAUGUGCUGUCCAUCACAUUAAUGUCCCAUCCUACCCAAGGCACAAGAAGUGCUUGUCAAAAGGUCAUCCAGAUAAAGUGCUUGUCAAAAGGUCAUCCAGAUAAAGUGCUUGUCAAAAGGUCAUAUGGAUACAGUGCUUGUCUUAAGGUCAUGUUGAUAAGAUCAUCUAUAUACAGUUUGUCUAAAGGUCAUCCGGAUAAAGUGCUUGUCAUUAGGUCAUCUGGAUGCACAGAUAUAGUGCUUUUCAUAAGGUCAUCCAGAUGCAGAGCUUGUCAUAAGGUCAUAUGGAUACAGUGCUUAUCAUAAGGUCAUCCAGAUAUAGUGGUUGUGAAAAGGUCAUGCUGAUAUGGGCAUCUAUAUACAGUAUUUGUAAAAAGGUCAUCUGGAUGCACAGAUACAGAGCUUGUCAUAAGGUCAUCCAAAUGCAGUCCUUGUCAAAAGGUCUGGAUAUAGUGCUUGUCAUAAGGUCAUUUGGGUACAGUGCUUGUCAUAAGGUCAUCUUGAUACAGUGCUUGCCAUAAGAUUAUCCAAAUGCAGUGCUUGUCAUAAGGUUAUCCGUAUACAUCAUCAACUUGUUGGAACUCAAUCAACAUGAAGGGAUUAGUAUCCCUGUUAGAACUGAUUAGAUUUUUAUAUUACCACAAUGACAUGUCAUUGUCACUGACAUGUCAUGUCAUGACAUCAUUUUAUGUUGUCUAUGUAUGUACAUUGUUUUUUUUAUCAUGGCAAAAUGUGGUUAGCUCGAGUUGUGGUAGGUGGGUGUGGUCCCUAUGUUAUAGAUGAAAUGAUGGUGGCUAUGGGUGAAAUGUUGGUGGCUGUGGGUUUAGGUUGUGGGUGAAAUGUUGGUGGCUGUGGAUUUAUGCUACACGUAAGCUAAGUAAGUGGGGAGGGGAAGUUGUUGGCCACUUAGGAACAAAAUCUCUACUUAACUUGGCAGGUUUAUUAUUUUUUUGUUUGUUGAAUGUACCUAGAUCUGACUGUGUGUUUAUGCACAACUUAUCUCCAAGUGUACUUGCUUUGUUAGAAGUCCAAAUUGUUGAUGUCAUAGCUCAGUUAGACUGAUGUCAUCUGCUCAUGAUGUCAUCUGCUCAUGGUGUCAUAGCUCAGAGUGAUGUCAUUUGCUUAUCAUCAUGAUGUCAUAGCUCAGUCAACUUGAUGGCAUCUGCUCAUGGUGUCAUGGCUCAGACUGAUGUCAUUUGCUUAUCAUCAUGAUGUCAUAGCUCAGUCAAAUUGAUGUCAUCUGCUCAUGGUGUCUAGGUCUAGUUUGAUUUAUGUCUCUUUAUGUUUAACAUUAAAAAAAAAACUUGUCUUAGUUUUUCCAACAUUCACUUUCUCUUGCUGUGGUCUCCCUUUGUUCAGAUGACUUCCCUUGGUUGUGUUAUUCUUAUUGACUACCCUAUUUACUUGAUACAUUUAAUUAGAUUAUUUAUAUUUAACAUAUGAACUAAAACCCAAAACAUGAAACCAGAACUGAAUAAGUCAAGUAACAAAAUGUAUCUUGCAUGUGACACCUAUUUGACUUAAAGAAAAUAAUCAGAUGUUUUUCAAGAAUUUUUUUUUAGAAUUACAUUACAAACUCUUUAAAUAAAUUUUAAAAAAAUUUAUUACACUCAAAAUAUUAAAAAAAAACUUUUUUAGAAAUGGAAAGAAAUACUAUGUUCCCUUUUGUUUGUAGUUUCCUAAUACAUUCUAUCGUUGAGUCAUGCCUAGACUUAACAUUUGAAAUUUUUUUGUAUUCACUUCGAAAAAAUAUACGUUCUACCCCAGCUAGAACCUGCAUCCGCUUUAAACUUUGUACACGCCCUUGUACACCUGUGUACACAUUUUAUCUUGUCUAUGCUUUAAAGUUUGUUGUUGAAAAGCACCGUGGGGGAUAUUUUAAUUUUUAUUUUUCACUGACGACAAAAACAUCUGCUGCUUGCCUGAUGCUUGUCAUGCUCUGCUGGGAUUGGGACAUUAAAGUUGGCGUUAGAAACUUUGUCUGGUUUGACAGUUAACCAUGGUUUGUUGAUGUAAGUUUGUAAGUGUAAGUUUGUAAGUGUAAGUUUGUUAAUGUAAGUCCUCAUCUAUGAAUGUCAUGACUCCCCAUAUUUUGAGUAUCAUAAAUGCCGUUUAUAAAUGUCAUAUGCCCCAAUUGCUGAAUGUCAUACACCCCCAUCUAUGAAUGUCAUAUAUUCCAUCUGUGAAUGCCAUACGUCCCUUAUGGGAAAUAGAUUGGUGAUAUAUGUGUAAAUGGUGCCAUUUUUUUUCUCAUAUUUUUUUUUGUUUUUUUAUACAUUAAUCUCAUCGUAUAACCAAGAAAAAAAACUUACCAUAACUCAAUGUUAUUUCAUAUCACCAUUUUUUUUUAAUCCGCAAAAUUUUAAACAAGACAAUAGUUGUUUUUUUAGUAACUGGUAAAAGCUGUUUUAAUUAAUUCAGCAUUUUAUUCAGAAUUUUUUUUGUUAUUUGUACUUCUAGACAAAUAUGAAUAACUAAUGCAUAUGCAUGUUAAUUGUAAUGGAAAGCUAUGGUAAGAGAAAAAUUUUUGUUUCCUUUUAUUUUUCUGAAUCAUACAUUAAAACAUACAAAAAAUGC